CUGCCUUCUGUUUGCAGGCGCUUUUGCUUGGACGACUUUGAGAUAGGUCGACCUCUAGGAAAGGGCAAAUUUGGAUCAGUGCUUUUUAAGAGUCAGUUAAUUAAGAGUGGUGUCGAGCACCAACUUCGACGAGAAAUUGAAAUCCAAGCACACUUAAGACAUCCGAACAUCCUUCGCAUGUAUACUUAUUUCUGGGAUAAAAGGAAAAUCUAUCUGGUAUUGGAGUAUGCGCAAGGUGGCGAGUUGUACAAGCUUUUGAGGAAGAGGAGCCGCUUCGAUGAAACCACAGCUGCAGUGUCAUUCCAUAGGGACAUAAAACCGGAAAACUUACUCAUUGCUCACAAUGAAGAGCUGAAGAUUGCCGACUUUGGAUGGAGUGUUCAUGCGCCCAAGAAGAGACGUCAGACAAUGUGCGGCACUUUGGAUUACCUACCACCAGAGAUAGUUUUGGGAGAGGAACAUCAAGAAUAUGUUGACAUUUGGUCUCUUGGCGUGCUUUGUUACGAGUUUUUAGUUGGCAAACCUCCAUUUGAGCACGAUGAUUCUACCAGUACAUAUCAAGCGAUUCACAAUGUACGGUACACAUUUCCCAGCUAUGUUUCUAGUGGAGCUCGAGAUCUCAUUAACAAAUUGCUUCAGCGCCGUCCCAACGAAAGGCUCUCAUUGGAUAAGGUAAGCGAGCCAGAAUGCGCUUAUCCAGAACUUCUAACCAGGGAAUCUUUUCAACAUUCAAUGCAGCUCUGA